CAAUGAAUCACCGAAUUAUCAUUCAACAUCCUCGUCUUCUCCACUUCUCCCCCGUUGUCACGGCAAAAGUCAAAUCUCUGCCUUUUGUCUGCCUACUGUCCUCGACACGAACCGACAGUCUGACAUCUCCCAGAACCCACUCCGUUAUCAACAUCUCCAGAUGAUGUGGAGUCGACCUCUCCAUGCAUGGAUCCUCACCGCACAGACUCCGAUCACCGAGCAACGCAGCUCCGCACCAGCAAGCUUCUCCAAAUGCUUGCCAUCCUUCACUCCUUCUAAUUCUAUGAGGCUGAACCUAUAAGCUCCCCGCGAGAGACACUGAGUACCUCUUGUCUGUAUUACCCGUGUGUGGACCUGACGGUGCCUGGAUGGCAUCUCAACGAUCCCAGGGGACGUCGAGUCCAUCCGCGUCGUCUGUCUUUCUUCCUCUCGGGCGCCGAGGCUCUCGAGCGUCUAUUUCGACCCAGGCUGAACGCGAGAGCCUAAAUGCGACUCUCGAUCAAAUUCAUAGUGCCGCCUAUCAGUCCGAUACCCUUACCGUGUUUAAUGACUUCACCACUCCACCAGCUCCAACCUCAGUCGUCGACGAGAAGAGCUUGUCAGGCGAGCUGCAAGGGGGGUUGAGCGGGCUCUAUACUAGGUUUCGAACUUCGGUGGGUGGGAUCGUCGGCGGGGUUGGGAAGACAUCGAACAACACGUCUACCGACGAGUCUGGUCUGAAGAGUCCACCUCCGUCGGAACGCUCUUUCCCCAGGUUUGCUGCGGACUCGGUCGCUGAAUCGCAGCAAUAUCAUCCCGGCUCAUCUCAAGGAUCGAGGUUACAUUCGCCAGUGCCUGGGAAUCUCACAGCACAGAGCAUCCCACACCCGUCCGGAUUGGCUAGAAGCUCUCGGGUCUCUUCAAAGACAACAAGUAUAUCGUCAAAAGCCUCCGUCCUCCCACAACCGGCCCUGAAAUCACCCGUUCCACCCUUGCCAAAGACUACAGGCAGUGCAUUGGCUGUAGAUCCUACAGUCACCGAAGUCCAUGUAAACGCUGUCAAAGAACCGCAUCUUCACUCUAGUAACACCUCGGCCAACUUUUCUACCAACAGCUUGCAGACAGUUGACUCCGCUGGUACGGAUAAAGAAGAAGGCCUUUACACAGCAUCUUUGAGUUCAUCAGGUUGGAGCCAACGUCUUCCGAACUCCCCGCUUACGCAGAUCAAGUCGCAUUCUAGUGCCUACGAUGGUCAGGAAAUCAGCAGGUCUUCCACAGCGGGUAGCCAACCCUCGGAUCAUUUCCGAAGGUCAGAUGGGCACAUCACUCAGGAGAUAGAUUCCACUCUACCUGGCCCGUUGCGCAAGGCUAAGAGAUCCGUUGACCUUGGUCCGGAUGGUAUAUCGUUACCCCACGAACGACUGAGGUCGAACUCGUCCGCUUCUUUUAAGCCCGAGAGACCAAUCGUCAACUCUGGCUCGAGGACAAACAGCGUCAGUCAAGUUUCGUCCCACGGAGAAGGGCCUUUGCCCGAAGGGAAAUCGCCAUCGGUCAUCAAUGUUGCAGUACCGUUGACUGAUGGAAGCUCCCAGUCGAAGGAACCCGCGAGAGUAUCGUUCAAGCAGAAGCCCGGCGACAGACUCUCUAUAUCAAGCGCAAGUCGCUUACCCGGCUAUGUGGCCUCUCAAGCCUCGACCGGAGAAACCACCUCUGCGACGCCGAUCCUGCCUCCGCUGAAUACGGCUGUGGAACGAGUGUCUAGCCAGGACGGACGGAGCCGACGAUCUCACGGUGGAGGCGACGGCGUUAUGUCUCAGCUUAGAAGCAAAUUACUCAGCAAGGAGUUCUGGAUGCGAGAUGAGAACGCAAAAGAUUGUUUCCAUUGUGGAGAAACGUUUUCCACUUUCAGGCGGAAGCAUCACUGUCGGACGUGCGGCCAAAUCUUUGAUUCCAAAUGUACACUUCUCAUCCCGGGCGACAGGUUCAGCCAGCCUGGUACCAUUCGUGUCUGCAAGCCCUGCGAGGCUAUGAUCAAUGGUCACGACGAUGAUUCCUCCGAGUUCUCGGAUAGUGAACAGAGCCCUAUCGUGAUCAAUCCUCGGGUUUCCGAACUCGGUGCAAGUAUAUACUCACGGAUGCCGCCUGAUGAUGACGACGCGUCUUCUAUAAUUUCUCAGUCUAUCGAGCAUGUGAUGAAGACACCUACUAUGGCUAUUCCAGCGACGAGACGUGCCGGUGAAGGUCACAACCGCCGCUCUGCCGUCCUUGAAAUUAGUCCGGAUAGGCCAUUGACCAGGCCAACCUCCUCGCGAUCGCUCAAGUCCACACUAAGUGGCAGACCCCAUUCCAUGGGUCACAAGCGACACCACUCGCGUCAGCAGUAUAUCCGCAAUUUCAAACCAUUUCACGAUGACAGGGCUCCAUUUCAACGACGCCAUGGAGAUGACACUACUCGCGCACAGCGUCUUCCUGCGUUUCACAAGGACAACAUCAUUGAUCCAGACUUAGCGCAAUAUCUUUCUGACGACGCGUCCAGUGGCGAUGAGCAGCCGAAUCUGUUGUCCGCAGUCUCUGAGGGAUCAUUGUCUAAAAGCGGCGGUGAGAGCGAGAGAACUACCUUCGGCGGGCUACUGGCUGCAAUGAAAAAAGGUCGGUCGGCUUUUGGAGACCGCAGCACUACGAAUCUGAAUUUCUCUUACCGUGACGGUGAUGAAGGAAGUCUCAGUAGUUCGAGAGCCGUAAAUUUGCCUCGGGCUUCUCGGCGUCGCAAUCUGAGCGUUGCGAGUAGUAUUCAUCAGCGGCACUCCCCGAGGGCAUCUAAAGAUAGCGUCUUUAACCCGCAUGAACCGCCAAACGUUGCUCAUGUCUUUUCUAUAGGGUUAGCUCCGAGUGGGUUCAAGAUGACAAGAAGCUCGUCCAUGCGGGGAGCAGGCGCUCCACCGGUCGAAUUGAAUAAGGCUAGUCUGCAGCACGUCCGGCGACUUCUUCAACAACUCCUAGGCGAUGCUUCAGUGCCUAAUGCAUCGAAGUGGGAAACAGCUCUCCUUCCGAUUCUUUUGAAGGCAGCUGAUGAAGUUGUUCCAGAUGUACAAGGUGGCGAUGACAUGGACAUUCGGCACUACAUCAAACUUAAGAAGGUUUCAGGCGGUAGGCCCGGGGACACCUCAUAUGUGUCGGGUCUGGUCUUCACCAAGAACCUUGCUCUCAAAAGUAUGCCACGAAGCAUUCCGCAGCCUAAAAUCUUGAUCAUUGCCUUUCCACUUGAAUAUGCACGACAUCAGCAGCACUUCAUGAGCCUGGAGCCUGUGAUUCGUCAAGAACGAGAGUUCCUCGAGAAUCUGGUCAGUCGCAUUGCUGCUCUCCGACCGAACUUACUCCUGGUUGAGAAGAACGUGUCUGGUCUGGCUCUGGAAUUGCUAAACAAAGCGAACAUCGCGACUGCCUAUAAUGUAAAAUCAUCGGUCCUUGAGGCUGUGUCUCGAUGUACUCAGACACGAAUCAUCACGUCGAUGGACAAGCUUGUCACCACGCCUGUGACUAGUGACUGCGGCAGCUUCGACAUCAAGACCUACGUGCAUAAAGGUCGUAAAAAGACAUACAUGUACUUGUCCGGCUGUCGCAAAGAGCUUGGAUGCACUAUUGUCUUGCGCGGGGGUGACAACAAUGUCCUAGCCAAGGUCAAGCGAAUCGCUGAAUUCAUGGCGUAUGUUGUGUACAAUCUCAAGCUGGAAACUUGUUUAAUGCGCGACGAGUUUGCUCAAAUGCCUUCAUUGCCCAAUUCUGAGUCGGACAAAAGGAGCGAACCUGACGCAGAAUCUGGCGAGAAGAAAUCUAGUAAUCUGUCGCAAGAGGCGUUAGCGUCUACAAGCGAGGCCAGCGAAGUACCAGACGACGUUCCAAUGCCGACGUACUACGAAGAGAUCAUCCACGACCAUGAAACAAAAAUCCUCUCCGCCUCCCCAUUUGUCAAAUUUGAGCCGCCUUAUCUGCUUGCAAGGGCUCGGGAGAUGGAGCGCAGGUUAGCUUACCUGAAGCGUCUCCGCGACCAAGAUCCCGAUUCGGGAUUGUCUGCAGAUGAGAAAGCUAAGGCCCAAAAGUUCACCCUUAUUACCCCUGAAAUGGUCCAUGAGGCACCGCAAGGGGCUCCACCGAAGGUCAAGGAGGUUUUGCGUGCAGCCCAUGAUGCUGAGUACGACAGAGCGCUUCAUCAUUACCAAACGCAGAAACGACAAUGGGAAGCUUACGUAGCUGGAAGCGUCGGUCUUUUUGAUCCUUACGCACAUCAGAACAUUGUCGUUCUCUUCAGCCUUGUCUGCACAACAACCUCGAUUCCGUGUUCCGGGCCGGAUCUCCUUGCCUUGGAGUACUACAAUGAACAUGGUGGGGACGCAAUCUUUGAACCAGACUGCACGCUGGGGCAGUAUGUGGAGGAUAUCUGUCUACAUGCCAACGCAGUGUGUACGGCGAACGGCUGCGAGAAAAGAAUGUUUGAGCAUCACCGUCAGUACGUUCAUGGCGAAGCUCAAAUAAGUGUCUUCACCCAGCCAUAUCCCUCGAAGCUACGCGGCCUUCAGGAUACGAUCCUGAUGUGGAGCUGCUGCAAGAUCUGCGGUAAUGAAACCCAGGUAUUUCCGAUGUCCGAGAGCACUUGGAAGUAUUCCUUCGGGAAGUACUUGGAGCUCUCAUUCUGGAACAAGAAUCUUCAUGCGCGAGCAGGCGUCUGCCCUCAUGACUUGCAGCGGGAUCAUCUUCGUUUCUUUGGUUUCAAGGAUGUCGCUAUCCGCAUUCAUUACGAUAUGAUCAAUUUGCUCGAGAUUAUAGUUCCUCGUACUCGAGUUACUUGGAAAGUGGACAACGACCUGAAACUCAGAAAUGAGAUAUACCAGAGAAUGGAGCAACGGAUCAACAGAUUUAUGACCUCGGUAAAAUCCAGGUUGAAGAGCAUCAACGUUGAAAGCGUGAUCCCGAAAUUAGUAGAAGACUGCAAGAAGGAGAUUGAGAACCUGAAUCGCAAGGCUAAUGAGGAUAGUGCCAUGAUUGUCAGGCAACUUCAAGAAAUAUACACUAACUCCCAGUACUGGGAGGUCAUUCCUCUGAACGAAGUCCUACGAGCUGUUCAGGAAAAGGUGGUGGAAUGGGAUACUGCAUUUGCCGAAUUCGAAAAGAAUUUCUUUCCUUCGGAGAAAGAUAUCCGACGUCUAGCAACUUUGCAACUCAAGAAAAUCUUCUUAGACAGAGAUGCUACCUCCAUCACUUCGAAUGAGGAAGUUCCAACAACCCCAACUGACACAGAGCCUGGAAAUAGCCCUGAGUCAGAAAAGAUCCGUCAAGCGCGCCGCAUGACUCUGUCUCCUGAGAAGGCUCAGGAUGUGCUCGUGUCCGUUGUCGAGGAGCACUCGAACAGGAAGGAUGUUGCCCACAGCCAAGGAAGUGAGAUGAGCAGGGAGGAUUUAGACACAUCAGCCAUCUCAAGCAGCCCCGUGAGCUCACGGUUCUCACCUCCACAGGCCGAGCUCGCGGCGGAGAAAGAGGUCCAACAUCUCGAUCUUGCAACACCAUUGGCUCAGCCUGAACAAUUAGCUUUGGCGCCUUCUGUGGCAAGUUCUUUGGAGACCGUAGAUACACACUCCCCUAUGGCGACGCUAAUGGUGCCUGACACAAAGGCUGCGGAGACUCCCCCUCCCGAAGAUUCAGCUGCGCACGCAAGGAAGAAGAGUGAAGACACGUCUAAACUCAGCCCUCCGAGUCGCCUACCGUCGGCAAUUCCACGGCCAGCCGAAGGUCUUCUUCGACGUGGUGGGAAAUCGGCUUCUCCACCCCUGUUCCGCUCUCAGACACAACCCGUCCAGCCGCAGAAAGAGCUAGGGUUUGAAGGAGUUCCUACGAGGGGAAUGAAGCUAGCACUUGGAAAACUGAACCCGCUGGACGGAACACCCAGUCCCCCCUUGGAAUCCAAGCUCAAACCAGGUGACAAGAAGUUGUUUGGUCUCAACGCCCUGCGGAACGGUAGGAUGACGCCGGGGCCAUCAUUCAUUCCACGCUCAAUUCCUAAUAGAAGGGACUCACGGGUAUCAAACCUGGCCAGGCACUUUGAGCAACUGAGCCGGGAGUUUGAAAAGGAACGUCAACGUGAAAGAGCCCAGCGCGCUGCUAAAGGGGCACAUUCCAGAGCUUUCCCGCUUGCCUCGUCGAAGCCUAUUGUGGAAGUGUAUAAGAACGUCAGGGAGGCAGUAGAGGAGCGAGAGCCCUCUGGUGAAGGUGAUGAGCUUCUAUCGCGCAUUUCCCUGGACCAGGCAAGCAGAAACAGCGAAGACUUACUGAGGAAGGACAUGGAGGAUACCAGGAAGGACUCCAUUACUGAUGAGCUGCCCGAAGCGAAACCGGGCGUCGAGGACGGUGCUCAUGACGAGCAUAAUCUAUCGGACGCUGAAGCCGAGGCGCACAGUGACGAAGAACGAACAUUGACCGAUGAUCUGCAGCGGACUGAUUCGAACGACGAGAUCAAGGGGUCUCCAGAGGAUGAGCAAAUGGACCUCAAGGAGUUCCCGAAACACGAGAGAAGCACUCUCUUGAAAAUGCUGACGAAUUUCUGGUCUGAGCGCUCUGCCAGUGGCUGGACCCCUCUCGAUUACCCACUGACCAUGUCCGACCAUGUUUUCGCUGAUUGUGACAUAAUCGUGCGUGAGGAUGAGCCCAGCUCACUGAUAGCGUUCGCAUUGGAUUCGUCAGAUUAUAAGGAAAAGCUCACGGCUAUACAACGACGCUAUGAGGAGCCGGAGGAAAAGGUCACAAGCCCAGCGGAGGGCACAGAGGCCCUUGAGGAAACCCGGGUGGAACACGCACUUCUGCGGUCUACUGGCACACACCUGAAAUAUCAGUUUCAAGAGGGUCAGGCUAAGAUGCUAUGUAAGAUCUUCUAUGCCGAACAGUUCGACGCUCUGCGGAGAAAGUGCGGUGUUGCAGAGCGAAUUGUGGAAUCCCUCUCCCGAUGUGCCAAGUGGGACUCUAAAGGAGGCAAGACGAAGUCUUUGUUCUUGAAGACCCUUGAUGACCGCUUCAUUCUCAAAUCCCUGUCACCUAUUGAAACCCAGGCGUUCUUGAAGUUUGCCCCCGCUUACUUUCAGAUUAUGUCUGAGGCUCUGUUCCACGAAUUGCCAUCCGCAAUCGCCAAGAUGUUUGGCUUCUAUCAGGUCAUCAUCAAGAAUCCUGCCACGGGGACUGAGUUCAAUUGGUUCUUACUAUUGAUGGAGAACCUGUUCUACGACCGAGUCCCGACCAGAAUCUUUGACCUCAAGGGCUCGAUGAGAAACCGCAAAGUCCAGAGCACCGGAGAACGCAACGAGGUACUUCUCGACGAGAACAUGGUCGACUUCAUAUAUGAAACGCCCCUGUUUGUCCGGGAGCAUUCGAAGAAAUUGCUCAGCCAGAGCGUGUGGAACGACACUCUCUUUUUGGGUCGUCAGAACGUGAUGGACUACUCGCUCAUGAUAGCUAUCGACGAGAACCGAUCAGAACUGGUGGUCGGAGUCAUCGAUUGCAUUCGAACUUACACAUGGGACAAGAAGCUCGAGUCAUGGAUCAAGGAUCGUGGUUUUGCCGGCGGUGGCAAGAACCGGCCUACUGUCACCAGUCCGAAAGAGUAUAAAAGUCGCUUUCGAGAGGCGAUGGCUCGAUAUGUACUUCAAGCGCCAAGGUAGGUCCACACACUGUGAAGUAUGCUCGCGAUCCGUUAUUGACUGUUUCUAGUUGCUGGCACCAGUUUCAGCAGCCCCAGGCCUUCCGCUACGCUCCGGUUGAGCACUAUCCGAACCAGUCUAGUCACUCCGUCAUGGACAGUGAGGCUGCUGAGGAGACACCACACUAAUUUAGUCGGCCAUGCGAUCGAGGACUGAGAGAUUUCAUUUAUCUGCAUUGUCGACGUUUCAUGAACGCUACACCCAGCAUGCAUACGGACACGACGAUACGACACGAAGUGAUGUAUAAAAGAAGCGGCAUUCCUUACACCUUGUUCUACUGCUGUUUCAUUGUUUUGACCUGUUUCUUAUUGGAUUUUUUAUGAUGUGUGAUGUGAGCGACUAAGCAUGGAGAACACGAAGCGGCUUUGUUUGCAUUUGCAUAUUACCCGAGCGCCAUCCCGAAGAAGUAGCUCGGUACUUUCUUUGUUAAUGUAAUGAAUGAAAUGGAG